AUGCAGCGUAGUUGGUACAAGAAUAUAGUACCUCCGCCAGGCUCGGAGGCCGGAACUUCCAUGACGGAUGCCAGUUCUCUUCCCCAAGACCCUGAGUUCGCAAACGCAAAUAUUUGGAACGAGGACAAUGUUCCUACUGAAGCUGAACUUCAAGCACAAGGCGAACGAAAGGCUGAAGAGGUUGACAAAUGGAUUCAAGACCUCUAUCAAGAGAAUUCGGAUGUCCAUAAAGCUGUUGAAGAGGGUAUUCGUACCACAGAUAUCACUCGUCAGUUUUACGAGGAAGCACCACUUAUCACCGCUCCACCAACUCCGGAGCCUUCAUCCGAUCAGGAGCAGGCACAGGCUUCCAGUAGCCGAAUCCUGACGUUUGGAGAGAUAAGAAAAGACCGACAAAAUGUCCAAGGCGAGGCAGCCCGCUUUCCUGCUCCAGGAAGAGUUGCUCCAGAGAUCUCUACCCGUAAGAAGGGGAAGAAUCGUAAGGCUCAACCCCAGGUUCAAGAAGUACGGAUCAAGCCUGCACAGGCUCUAGCACCACAGAUCCAACCAAAUCGAGUCGAGUCCCAGCCGUCAUUUGAACAAAAUGCGGAACAGCCUGCGCCAGUACAACCUCGCAAGUUUGAGGGCCCAACCCAUGAUGUGCGAAAGAUGAACUAUGGUGACAAUUGUGCCCGAGAAAACCCUACUGGGCCUACUGGCAAGUUUUACCUCCCUGUGAAAAUAUUUCGAAGAGUAUUAACAUAA